AAUUUAAGGAAGAUAUUUUGGAGAAAAAAAUUGUACCCUUGUAAGGAAGAUGCGGCGUGCGGAAUUAUAAUAGAAACGGUUUAGACGAGAGAGAGAAAUGGGUUACAGUUGGUUCCUGAAGAGCCCAAAGGAAGAAGAACAAGAAGUUCCAAACGGCGCCGUAAAAGGGGAUUUCGAAGCCUUUCUGGAGGACAAGCUGCCGCCGCCGCCACCGGAGGCGGAGGAUAACUUCUUGGCCUACGGCGGUCCUCCGGAUUGGGGCUUGAAUUUCGACUACGAGUACUUUCCAGUUCCAGUACUCUCUCAAACCAACAUAGUCGGAGCCAACGAGGAGGCGGCGGCGGCGGCGGCGUUCGGUAGAGUCUCCGACGACGGCGAUGGCAGGAAGAAGGAGGAGGAGGAGAUUUCGCUGAAGUUAAAUCUAAACUAUGAAGAGGUUUUGGAGGCAUGGUCCGGCCGUGGGUCUCUGUGGGCCGCCGCCGACGACUCUUCUCUUUCAAACUUAACCAAUGCCGCUUAUAUGGGAGAGGUUCCAAGAAUAGAAGAAGAACGAAGAAGAAGAGUAUUGAGAUACAAAGAGAAGCGCCACAACAGAUUGUUCUCAAACAAGAUAAGAUACCAGGUUCGUAAGCUCAAUGCAGAAAAAAGGGCAAGAAUAAAGGGGCGUUUCGUGAAGACGGUUUCGUGAAAAAAGAUCAAAAUAUCUCGACAACGUGAGCAUAACAUAACUAGUCAAGACAUUUAUCUUUUAUUAAAAAUGUUAUACGUUCGAAUUCCCACAUCCACAUUGUUGUUGAACUAAACGAAAUAUCUCAAUAAAAGUAUCUUAAA